AUGCCAUGUGCCAACGCAGCAGGAACACACAAACUUAAGUUACUGGUAAUUGGAAAAGCCAAAAAUCCCAGGGCUUUUAAGAAUAUUAAUCGACUUCCUGUUGUGUAUAAAGCACAAAGAAAAGGAUGGGUCACAAGAGAACUUUUCCACGAAUGGUUCCACGAAGAAUUCAUACCUGCUGUAAAAAAUAAGAUGAAAGAAUUGAAUUUACCUCAGAAAGCUUUGCUUUGUAUUGAUAAUGCUCCGGGACAUCCAGAUGCAGAUGAACUAUCUAGUGAGGACAAAAGUUUUCAAACAUUAUUUCUUCCACCGAAUUGUAACGCAUUAAUCCAACCCAUGGACCAACAUGUUAUAAAAAAUGUCAAGUUGUAUUAUCGAAAAUCCCUGUUGUUAAACGUAAUUUCCAAAGAAAAUGAAGACAUCACAACAAUUUUAAAAAAGUUUGAUCUUCUAGCAGCGGUUUUUUCUCUUAGAGGAGCAUGGUCGAAGAUAACGUCAAAUCUUCUUCAAAAAUCUUGGAAAAAUUUAUGGCCUACUUUACCAGCAACACUAGAAGAAGAAGAUUUAAAACCAUUAUCUUACCUUCAAAAGAAAUAUUCUGAAGAAAAACGAGAGAUAAACUUAAUAGAGGACCUUUGUCGAAAAAUUAUCCCAGACAUUACAUCCAACGAAGUCCAAAAUUGGGUUAAUCCAACUGAUGAAGAUAUUCUUUUUACCGAAGACGAAAUCGUAAGCAGUGUUAAUGAAGACAGAAUAGAUGACACAGGUGAUAGUGAUGAUGGUAAUGAACAGGAACCAGUGAAUGAAAAUGCCUCUCAUACAGAAACAAUCAAAAGCUUUAACGUAUGUUUAAAUUGGUGUAUGAAAAACAAUAUUCCAGAGCACAAAUAUCUGAUGUUGAAAGAUUUACAAGAUCAAGCAAUUCGUCUUUGA